CUCAAACUCUCCACAGUGUCCGACGUCCUGCCAUGCUGGGACUGUAACGCAUUUCGGAUCGCUGGUCCACUUCCGUGCGCCCCUGUGUCAUGGCUCCGUUUGGAAAAAACUUCCUAAAGGCUCGACUGAAGAACAGGACAAAAGAUGUCGAGCCUGUGGUCGGAAAGGAGAUUCAGGUUACUGUCUGCAACGAGGAGAAAGUUGUCUGUGGAGUAACAAAGCACACAACAUGUGCAGAUAUGAUUCAGGCCUUACUGGAGGACCACAAGUCAAUCCCAGAGAGCAAGCGGCUCCUGCACGGAGAACCCAAAGACUUCUGUCUCGUUGAGCGCUGGAAGGGUUUUGAGAGAGCCUUGCCUCCUCUCACCAGAAUCCUGCGACUCUGGUAUGCUUGGGGCGACCAGAGACCCUUCAUCCAGUUCAUUCUAGUUAAAACCAGUGAUUUUGUGCCUCAGCCCACCAAGAAGAGCGGAAAGUCCAAGGGCGCCAAGCCAAAGCGAUGGGAGCACAGCCGCGCCCAGUACACCCAGUCUCUGCCGGUGGAGAGGCAAAAGCGCAUGGUGAAGAAAGCUUUCCGGAAGCUGGAAAAGCUGCACAAGGAGAGCAAAAGCUCCCCAGGUGCCGACGAGAUCGACCGGAUGGUGCAACUUAUUCUCAACCAGGACCACACCAUCCGAGAGCAGAUCCAGCGCAUGAGGGAGCUGGAUUUGGAGAUCAAGCGGUUUGAUCUUCAAGAGCAGGAGGGACCUGAGUCUGAGCGUCCGCCGGGUCAGGCUCGUGACUUGAGUCUGGAGGCUCACAGCGACGAGCAGCUGCAGGAGUACCUGUACACAAGCGAUGGAGUCAAACAGCUGGAGCUGCAGGUUCAGAGGCACCAGGAGCUCAUCCUCCAGCUGUCCCGGGAUAUUGACGCUGAGCUGAGGAGGGCCAACUUCCCUAUGAGCCAAUACGAGACGAGUGAACAGGGGGGAGCCGCUGCUGCUUCCUGGACCCCUGCGGAGACGGACGAAAUGUUCUACGCUGCUGAACUCGAGAGGCUGCGGAACGAACUGAAGCGCAGCCUCUUCACUGGUGUGUCAAUUCACAACCAAGCUGCGGAAAUAGACAAGCAGCUGAAGCACUAUGACGCUACGCUGGUCUCCAAGGACCAGGAGUGCUGGCAGCUCGCUGCCCACCUGAGCUCACUGCAGAUUGGUGACGAAGAAGAAGAGGAGCCGUCCAGUCCCGUCCCUUUGAACAGUGACACUCAGUGCAGCGUCUCCCAGACGGUGAAACUCAAACACAGCCUGUCCCCUCUAGACGCUACAGACACAGACUCAGACACUGGGAUUAGCUCCACACACAGCCAGGACUCGCUGUCACCAUGUUUCGACUUCCCUCCCCCACUGGACACAGACGUUUGAGCGACCCAGAUGACCCUGCAAUUGAAUGUUGUGUACGCAGUUUGUGCCUGUCGUGUGUUGUCAUCAGGUUUGAGUCACGGAGCUAAGCAGCGGUUCCUCUGAAGGAUAAAUGCCUGGAGAUCUUUUAUAGCGUUGAGGUCGUUCAAUCAGCAGUUAUUUUGGCUGUUCAGGACGCUAUAUUGGACUAUGAGAAGUUAUAAUAGGAAUAUUUUAAUUUUAUGGAAAAGCAUGAUUAAUCCUUUAACAGAUUGAUCAGUAAUGACAUUAAUCAUUUUUUGCACUUUAAGGUAUUUCCUCAUUCAAAAAAAGAGAUGCUAGCCGUCUCUACUUAUACAAUGCUAACCAAAAUUUAAAAGUUAUGUAUUUGCAGUUUUAUUUUCCAUUAUUUUAAUACGUAAUAAUGUGCAUUUUUAAAACAUUUGCUAUUUUUUGUACAAACUGAGCAGCCGACAGUCACUUUUGGUUCGGGAAAUGAGUGACAGCUUGGCAAACAGGUUUAGACUUUCUGUUCGGUGAAGAUGAUGUUUUUGUUUGAGUCUAGAUGGACAAAGGAAAUACCGUCAAGUGUUUUCAAAGAGCCGUCUGGGUUUCUGAGAGGCCAACGGAUGCUGUCUGUGCCUCAAACGUGAUGAUAGCACAUGCACAGAACUGGAGCAACGUACACAACAGUCCAUCACUGCUUAGGUUUUCUGACUUUUAAGUGUACAUUUUUGCCCCUUUAAGAGGCGAUGACUAUUUCCUUAGCACGGCCAUUUCUACAGUGUACCAGACUUAGUGUUUUUUGUUUAAUUUCUUAAUAAUGGUGAAUGUAUGCUUCUAAAAGUUCUCAAGCUAUUUAUUAAGCUGCACUUCUUUGUACACACCUGUAAAUCUAUUAACAAUGUUUUAUAUUAAAACAAACAGCUAACUGUUUCGGAUGUAGACUACACUGUAAAUAUACCGCUGUAACCACCGUAAAUGAUUGUUGUUAUGACACAGGCACAAUUUGUAAAGCCAGCUUGAUAAGAAAAGAAAAAAAACUGAGAAAAUUAUAUUUAUUUAUCAUGUAAUUGUAUUUUACUGAUGAGAUUUUAUUAUAACCGCCUCCCACCUGAGGCUCAUCUGCCACUGGUUUGAUCAAAUGCGUCAUACCCAGGGCCAAAAUAACUCUAAUAUCUGGGCUACAUCUGUGUAAAAGCUCAUGAUUCAGCAACAUGUAUAUUUCAGUUUUCAUAAUAAACACUAAUAC